AUGGUGGACGUUGAUUCCGUCAGAGCCGUCGCCCCAGAGGCCUUCCAGUCGCCUCAGGCAUUUCACUCUCUCAACGACUCGCCGUCGAGCCGAUCCGUCCAGGUCCGUCCACUCCAAUCCGAUGCCCAUGCGACAGCAUCGGUGGCCUCUCGCCCUGCGUUAGAUUCCUCCGUCUUAGAUUCACCAUCCAGUGUCCUGAUCCCUCUCUCUCGCGCUCCUCCACCCGCAUCCGCGCCAGCAGACCCUUUUACACCCCCCGGCCGCCAACAGGACUUAAACGAGAUGGCUACUAUCGAGGACAGCAAUAUCGCCGCCAAUCGAACCUCGAUACAAACCAUCACGAAAGGCAGCAUCCGAUCGCGCUAUUCCAUCGUUCGCCGAAUCGGCCGCGGCCGCUUCGGCUCCGUCUACGAGGCCGUAGAUCGCGCCACGAACACCCGCGUCGCCAUUAAGAGCAUCCCUAAAGCUCGUCAGAGCGCCCUUCCGUCGCUAAUCCGAACCAAGGUGACCGAGGCUGACGUGGCUCGGCAGCAGCGGCUGGUCGAAUCGGAAGCUGAAAUCAGCCUCAUGCUCGGAUCGGCUACAGCCGGUCAGGCUGACAAACCGGGUCGGGCUGUAUCGACGAGUCCAGCGGCUGUAGCCGAUAAUUCUGUUGCCGAAGGCGCUGUAGAUGCUGGAGCGGCGGAUGCACUGGCAGCGGGGCAGGGCAACGUGGGGCAGGGGAACGUGGUGCAGGUGCUAUCUGUGGUGGAGGGCCGGCAGCACUUUCACAUCGUCAUGCAGCUCUGCCGCGGCGGCUCGCUCGCCGAAUUCCUCGAGAAACGCCGCCGCGGCCAAGCCGCCACCUUGGCCGCCGCCGCCGACGCCGUCUUUUCUCCUGCCGCUGCUUCUCCCGCCGCCUCUUCCACCGCAAUUCCCGCUUCGGGCAUCACCCCGUGCCCCUUGCACUCCUGCCAAGUCGCUCGACCCUCAGCGCGCGUCGCUGCCGAGGGGGAUCGCUCGCCUGUCGGUUUCCUUCCCGCAGACUCCGGAAAUGCCUCGCCGUCACCGCCGGCGACGGGAGUGGCGUCAGAUGCGGAGAGCAGUCCUCACAGAUGGUAUCAGGCGGCGACGUGGGAAUCGAACUCGGAGGACGAAGGCGGAGAGAACGAACGGGAGGAGCUGGGGGGGACUGAUUCAGCUGGCCGCAAUUGGCGGCAUCGGAUGCGGGAUGAAGAGCGGUUAGGGGAGCGCGGAAGAGAGAGUGAGGUCAUGGAGAGCGGAGGAGAGAGUGAACGGGUCGUGGACGAUGGGAUGGAGCAGGAGGACGAAGAUUCCGUGGCGUCGCAGCUGAAAGCUGAUUGGGUGCCGCGAAUGGCGCUGACGGGAAAGGGCAUGGAGAAGUCCGCAUCGACGGGCGAGCUAGCGCAACUCGCGGAGGCAGCAGCGGCUGCUGCGGCGUCGUUCGCAGGGCGAACUAACGCCGGGCACGCCGCGGCCACAGGGUUGGCAGGAUCGUCCACGUCAGCAGGAGCUGAGUCAGCAGGAACGGAAGCGCUAGCGAGCAGUAGGGUGGUGGUGUAUGGAGGGAUGAGCGAGGAAGGAAGGAAGAGACAGCAGGAAUGGGAGGACGAAGCAGCGUGGAUCGUUUCUGAGAUUGCUGCAGCGGUGGCGUAUUGCCACAAACGGGGCAUCUUACAUCGAGACAUCAAGCCAGAGAAUGUUCUCUUGACGCUGCCGCCCAGCUCCCAGCCAAUCACCGUCCUCGCCUCUCCUUGCUCCCCUUUCACCGCAGCUGCGUCUUCGCAGGACCAAUUUUUUUGUUCUGCCCGUGUUGCGGGGCGGUCAACGUCAGUGGGGCAGUCAACGCCAGUGGAGGAGUCAAUGUUAGUGUCAGUGGGACGGUCAACAUCAGUGCAGCGGUCAACGUCAAUGAAGCCAAGCAGUGAGUUCCUGCGCAAGAGCCCCUCCUUCUCCAUCCUCUCCCCUGCUGCUGGUGCUGGUGCUGGUGCUGCCGAUAGUGAGGGUGGUGGGGCGAGGGCUAGGCCUGUGGUGUCAGAGUCAGGGCGCUACCAGGCAGCCAGUGUGGGUGCUGCUGCUGCGCAUCCACCCCACGCUGGUGCGCAUGGCAGAGUGCAUGGAAGCGCUCAUGGCUGGGUGCAUGGGCACAGGCGUUCUGCCUCUCUCGCCAGCUGGCUGGGGCGAACAAGCCUCCGGAAAAAGCAACACCAGCAGCAGCAGGAGCAUGAGAAGCAGCAGUGUGAGAAACAGCAGCAUCAACAGCUGAUGCAGCAACUGGAGGAUGGGAUACAGUCUUUCAAGGCUGGUGAUACUGAAGUCCCCAUUUGUUCUGCUGGUGUUGCUGCUGCAUUCCUCUUGUGCUCCUGCACAUGCCAGCAGCAGCAGCACACCCACAAUUCCCCUCUUCCUUCUCUCAGUCAGGUCCAAGGGCUGAGAUUGGCCGACUUUGGCCUGGCAGAGAAGCUUCAGCCAGGGCAGACAGCCACACGAGGCCUUGUUGGCAGCCCUGCCUACGUGGCGCCUGAGGUGGCCGCAGGGCUCCCCGUCAGCUUCCCUGCAGACGUUUGGGGCAUCGGCAUUUGUCUGUACAUGGUGCUAUCGGGUGGCCAGCUGCCAUUUUCUGGGCGGCGCACUCGGCUGCUGUUGUUGAAUAUUCGGCGGGCGCAGCUUCCUAUGGGGACGGCGGCAUGGGUGGGCGUGUCGGGAGAGGCGAAGGAUGUAGUGAGGAAAUUGCUUGCUGCAGAUCCCAAGCACCGGCCGAGUGCGGAGGAGGUAUUGCAGAUGCCAUGGGUGGUGAACGGCAGAGAGCGGUGGCUGCAACGCCAGAGUGGUCUUAUGGCUUGA